AUGAGGCCGCCCGUCCCAGAUCUCGCACCGCCGAGAACCCGCAAAUCUUCCUCACCCGAACAGCACCACCAGCAGCCGCAGCAGUGGAUCGAUCCCCGCAGCGCUGUCCCCGCGACCUUCUUUCUCGCCCGCAGUCAUCACGGCUGCGAGGAUGUCCCGCCCGACGGCGCGGACCCGCCAAGAGAUAGUAUGUAUGGCGUCCAGAGCCUCGAUGAAACCGUCGAUGAGGCCGAUGUGGCCUGUUCCCACUGGAACUCCGAUCUUCUCGCUGAAAGUACCGCUGGGGAUCGCUUGUCUGAUAUCGUAUCCCCGCGCCCUGGCGAUAGUCAUGAUCGAGAUGGACCACUAGCCUUAGCUCGCCGCAAAUCACCUCUUACACCCUUCGACUCGAUCAAUCUUCUCAGCAACCCGGAUGCGUCUGUUUCCUCUCCCGACCCUACUUCUCCUCGACCUUUGACCCCUUUGAAACCUGACCCCCAUGGGGAUCCUGCCUCUCUUCCUAGCAGCCCGAAGUCAAUCUCCAAUCAAUCCAUGAGACACCUUGAUGAGAUCUCGAUCACCGACGAUCUGAGUAGUCAAGCAGUCGCUUCGGGGGAAGAGGAUGACGAGCCCCGCCUGCCAUCCAAAACGGGUCCUGAUAGUACCUCCCAGCUGAUCAUGCCAAGUAUCAGGAUGCCCAGUCGGAGACCAUUUACUGACCAGGGAAAGACUAUGGGUCGGUUGAAGGUGCUUAUUGCAGGUUCUUCUGGUGAGUCUAUACUGCCUACUAUUGGACAAUGGCCGCUCGGCAGUAUUGGCGAAAUAUUGAUUGAGAGACAACUAGGUUCCGGGAAAACAUCUCUAAUCAGGUCUAUUGCUCAAACAUGCGAAGAUAUCGUCCAUGUUGAUCCCUUCCCUCCCCCUCCCCCCUCGAAGCUAUGCAGCUCCAACAUAACCCAGAACAUAUCAUCAUUCGUUUCGGAGAUAUACGCGAGUACAAAGCCGUAUCCUUCUUGGUGGUCGGAUCUAGAGGAUUCGCGCGUUCUGCGAAGGAGAAAGAGUACCGGAGAUCUCGUUCUCGAGCGUAACAUCUGCUUUGUCGACACUCUAGCUACCUCGAUGAGUCGUACGAGACAGACCGAUGCUAUUAUUCAUUACAUGCACCAGCAGCUUCUUCGAGCUAGUACGUCUCUUCACCACUCCAAUCGCGAUUUUCAGAACAUGCUCGCGGGCAACGGUGGUGCCCAAGUGGAUGCUGUUCUUUUUCUCAUCUCGCAAGAUACUCUUGUCGUAGAUAUUGAAUGCAUCCGGAAGCUCUGCGUUUGGACUAAUGUAAUCCCCGUAAUAUCGAAAUCCGAUCUUUUGGUACCCGGCCAACUUCGCACUCUCAAAUCCACCUUCCACAAAAAAGCGCAAGAAGCUGCCAUUAAACCUUUUCUCUUCGAAGAUGCGUGUCCCAGAGGAACAGAUGGGUUCAGUGCACAAUUGCCCUUUGCCGUUUCAUCCGCCCGUUCCAGUGACGACGACGACAUGGAUGCCAGUACGUUGAUGAGCCCGGACUAUGUCCAACCACUGGUUGCGUCUGAAUUGGCUCUUUUGGUCCAGAAACUAUUCGAUCAUGAUAAUAUCGCCUGGAUCCGGCAUCUGGCCGCCAAAAAACUUGUUCAGCAGCAAAGUACAGCGCACAACGGCCCUCUCUCGGCCGUACAUAGCGCCAGCCAUCGUUCCCCUACUUAUGCUAUGGCGCGAAUUUCGGACUAUACCCGCUACGAGGAGAAACUGGCCCAAGUACAGCUGGCAAAAUGGGCCUCUGAUUUGCAGCAAAGCUUGCAGAACGAGAGGGAACAAUAUGCCGCCUUGGCACGGGGAGAACGUGCCGUUUGGCUUACGGAACGACUAAGUGAGUGCGUUGUGGAUGGGUCGCUGGUACCGAUUACCCAAACUCCGGGGUUUUGCGGCCUUCGUGCCCCCAUAGACAAGGCCGGUGGCCUACUUAUUCGGUCUCAGACCGGAAAGAACGUGGAAUAUCAUAUUACGCGGAUAAGCCCCCAGGAUCCGCUGGGUCUCGUCGGAUGGUCGGAGGACUUGAGGCAACGCGGAUGGACCAUUGUCCAAAUCGUGGGCAGUUUCGGGGUUGUAGGAGGGCUGGCCCUCUGGCUGGCCAAGUCUUGGGGGUUAUCCUCUCGAGGUUUCUCUGAAUGGCGAUUUGACUGGUGUAGCCCUAGCGACUAG